AUGGCAGAAAUAAAACAAGCCUGUUAUAACGGUACGGGAGAUGUAGAUUUGUGGCUUAUGAAAAUGAAGUUCUAUUGUUCUACAAAGAAAUUAGAAGGUAAACAAGAAGCUCACGCCAUAGCGAGUAAACUCGAGGGGGCGGCGUUUCUAUGUAUUGCGAGAAUAGACGAUGAACUUCAAGAUGACCCAAAAGAAGUUAGAGCCGCUUUAAGGAAGGAGUUCGACAAAGAAUCGAUCGACCAUGAGAAAGCUGUCGACGAAUUACGAGGUUUAAGGCGAAAAGGCGGUGAAACACCAGCACAGUUAGCGUGGAGAAUCGAAAAGAAAACAAAGGAACAAAUGUUACAUGAUACCUUUUUGGGAGCUAUUGACAAUGCAAUGAGUCGAAAGAUAAAGAGCGACAGUAAACAUCGAGAUUUAAAUUUAACACAACUUUCUGAAGAAUUAGAUCGGCUCGAGCUAAUUUAUAAAACAACAGCGCCAAAAGUAAACCUCGAAGUAAACGACAGGGGAAGCAGACGAAAUAUCGUUAAGAAAGAUAAUCAGAGAAGAGGUAGCAGCCGCCCUAUCCAAAGAAAACGAUGGAAGUCGGGAAACGGAGGACGAAACAAAACGUACGGUCGGGUUCGUUGGAAAGAGAAAUUUCCCGCCAAAACCUAGGAGUGGAAAAACCGGUAAAAAUCAAGCGUGUUUCCACUGCCAGUCGCCUGAACAUUUUCGGAAAGACUGUCCAUUUAAAGAUCUUUGUCAACGCUGCUGGCAAAAGGGCCAUACAGCACCAUCUUGCCAUGCUCCAAGCCCUCGCCCUUCGCCGUCUUUAAACUCCAAGGCGGCUGGGUACAAUCGUCAGCAAAAAUAAAUUCGUUCUCAGCCGCGAAGAAAUUUAUUACACUAACUGGUACAGUGGUUCAGUCUGGAAGCAGAGAGUUCAAGCAUGAGUUUAUUUGUGAUUCUGGAGCAGAGGUUUCAGUUAUUCCAACGGCGUUAGCACAAGAACAUUACAUGAAAAUUCAACCAACUACACGUCACGUAGAGAUGGCUAAUGGGACACACGCAGAAUGCAGAGGUGUGGUUGAAACAUCAGUUACGGUAGGGACAAAUAGUUGUAUAUUGAGUUUUUUUGUGGUAAGUGGUGUUCAAAACGGGAUUCUGGGCCUGGACUCUUUGGGAAAAUUGGGUGUAUCGUUGCCACAUGGUGUAAAGUGUUGCCACAUACGAGUUGCGGAAAGUCGUGUUAUUAAGCCAUUUGAAGAAAUAUUCAUUUGGGGUAAAUUGGAAGAUAAGAAUGAAAAAUUUACUAGAGAUUCGUAUAUCGAAGGUACGGAACAUUUUCAGCAGAGAACUGGGCUUCUUACAGCCCCGAUAAAGAUUUCGGCAGAAAUGAUGAACGAUGAAAAUAAAAUCCCCAUAUGCGUACUGAAUACUACUGAUAAAUCAAUCAGAGUUUAUAGAGAACAAACUGCGGCCAUAAUUCAGGAACUGCCAAGUACCCACAACAUAGCACAUAUUUCAGAGUCAAAUAUGGGGGGAAAUAAUCCAUCAUCACAAUAUGACCCGGUCCCAGAAGUAUCAGUUGGGUAACAAUUGACAACACAACAAAGAGAAAACCUAUAAGUUUUAAUUCGAAAAAAUACACAAGUUUUCGACUACCCAGGAAACAGUGGGUUCACCACAACAAUAGAGCACACAAUACCCACAGCCGUAUCUGAUCCAAUUGUGUGCCACCCCAGACGACACAACCUGGGGUUAACACAAAAAAUUAAUGAAGCAGUAGGAAACCAUGUAAAGUCGGGACAUUUGACACCCUCUAAGUCCCCUUGGGCAUUUCCAAUUGUACCUGUAUUGAAACCAGAUAAAACAGUUCGAUUGUGUGUAGACUACAGACCACUUAACAAAAUUACCCAGAAUGACCCAUAUCCAACUGGAAAUUUGCAAGAGGUUCUAGACAAUCUAUCAGGUGCUAACUAUUUUAGUGUUAUUGACUUGGCCCAAGGUUAUUUGCAGGUCCCACUGGCCAAGGAAGAUCGACCAAAGACAGCAUUUCGAUCACCUACUGGGUUUUGGGAAUGGACAAGAAUGCCAUAUGGUUUAAAAGGAAGUCCGGCAACUUUUUCUCGGUUGAUGCAGAAGGUUCUAGGACACAUUCCACCACAUCGGUUGGCAUUGUACAUGGAUGAUAUCUGUAUUAUUAGCAAAACGUUUGAGGAACAUUUGGUAAAUCUCCAGGGAGUAUUUGAUGCAUUGCGACAGCAUGGAUUACGAGUUAAAGCUAAGAAAUGUGCUUUCGCAAUGAAAGAAGUGAAAUUUCUUGGACACAAAGUUUGCAACAAGGGUGUGCAGCCAGAGGAACAUAAAGUAAAGGCAAUUCGUGCAUGGGUUGCACCAACUUGUCUUAAAGAGGUGCAAAUGUUUUUGGGUGCAGUUGGGUGGUAUCGGAAGUUUAUCAAGGAUUUUAGUACAAUUGCUCGACCAUUAACAUGGCUUUUGGAGAAAGAUGUCACAUUCACUUGGGGUAAGGAGCAAGAUGAUGCAUUCAAUACACUAAGACAUGAGUUGGUUAAAGCUCCAGUAUUAGCCCAUCCUGACCCCACUCGACCCUUUGUUGUUACCACGGAUGCAAGUAAAGUGGGUCUGGGUGGUGAACUAUCACAAGAAGAUGCACAAGGACAAUUACAUCCGGUUGCAUAUUUCAGUCGUGCAUUGACCAAACGAGAACGUUCAUAUCCAACUUAUGACAGAGAAGUGAUGGCUAUGCGAGACACGCUUAAGCAUUUUCGGUAUUAUCUGUUAGGAGCACAAGUAGUGAUGAGGACCGACCACAAACCUCUUCUAAAGAUCCUGGAACAGAAAGAUCCAUUUGGACGAAGAGCGACAUUGAUGAGAGAUAUAGCAGAAUUCGAACCACGCAUAGAGUUUAUUCGAGGGCAGGAUAAUCACAUGGCAGAUGCUCUUAGUCGGAUCGGAUGGAAUGUCAAGUGGGAAGAGAGAGAUGAGGAUACUAGUAAAGUGGCUACUAUUGGUGGCUCUCAAGACGAGAUUGGUCCAUGCAAGGAUGUAAGGUUGGACAUAAAUGAUUUCCAAUUGCAGCAAGAACGUGACCCAACCCUUAAGCCACAUAUUUCCACUCACCGAAACGAACAUGGUUUAUUCACACGAGAUCAUAAGAAGCAAGUGUUACUUCCAGCAUCGCUUGUUCCCACCAUAUUAUCAUUAGCUCAUGACGAAACAGGGCACCAAGGAGCAGAUAAAAUGCUUGCAAGAAUUGAACCUCAUUAUUGGUGGCCAAAGAUGAAAGCAGAAGUAGAGAACUAUGCAAAAACGUGCCAACGCUGUGCUGCUACUCUUGCCCAGGGACAUAGAAAAGCACCCAUUCAUCAACGACCAAAAGAAGAGAAACCAUUUGCGUUGAUAGAAGUAGAUCUCAAGGGUCCAUUACCGAGAACGAAAGAGGGAUUUGACAAUAUUGUUGUGAUAACAGAUCCAUGUACAAAAUAUGCAGAGAUGCAUCCAAUUCGAGGACAAACCAGCCAAGUUGUUUGUAAGACACUCAUGGGUUGGAUAUCAAGAUAUGGUUUACCAAACAAAGUGCACUCUGACAAUGGACCUUGUUUCAUAAGCGAAACAUUUGAACAGUUUUGCAUAACCCAAGGCAUUGAGCAUACUUUCAGUCCACCCUAUAGGCCACAAGGAAACGCGGGUGUAGAACGGAUUAAUCGUACGAUGGGGGAAGCACUCACAAAAUUGGUAGAUAAACAUCCCAACCGAUGGUCUCAACACCUACCUGACGUACAACUAGCAUACAACACAGCAGUUCAUACAAGUACAGGAGUUUCGCCGUACGAACUAGUUUUCAAGGAGCACCCGCGAUCAAAAUUCGAAAUUAUAACAGAGAAGAUAUCACCAGCAACGGUUAGAGAGAAAACGGAACGACUGCGCGAGACUGUUAGUGAGGUAUUCCAAAAAGCACAAGAGUCCGAUGCCAAGUUAGCGGAAAAACGCAGAGAACGGUACAACAGUAAAACUUCGUUUAAAUCGUUGGGGGUGGGUCAACAAGUUUGGAAAAGAAAUUUACGAGCAAAAACAUUUGCAGAUCGGUGGACGGGACCCUAUGUCGUGGUAAAGCCCACGUCGGUAACCAAAACAUCUUAUGUAGUGAGAAGGAAUAAUGGAACUAAAGAAGAAAUUGUCCAUUACAAUUACCUUAAACCUUAUCAGAUUCGACCUGUCAAGAAACCAAAGUCAAGGAAUCCACCAAAGAAGAAUGGGGUCGGACACCCAGCACUGGGUACCAGUGAGGACAGUGAAUCUGACAGCAGAGAAGAGGAAAUGCAACCAGAGAGAAGAUAUCCAGAAAGAAUUCGAAGACCUCCAGAAAAAUACACAUAA